GUAUCUCUUGUGUCAGCGUGUUUGUUUAAGUCCCGGUGUUGCAAGGAGGGAGCUUGAAGACAGAGGGUACGAGGCUCAAACAGACAACAAUUUGCGUCUCUUUAUCUGCACGGAACCAGGCACAUCUAGAUAGUGGGGCUGAUCUCCUGCGAUCAAGGGAUCCAUUGUAGCUGGAGGCAACACACCCGGGAAGCGAUGGAAAAACCUCUAUCCUAUCUUGUGACACCUUCGACAAGUCCUUUAUUUUACAGCAUUCCAACACUUUCUGUCGAAAACGUAUCCAGUAACAGCACCUCGGAGCCAGCAGGCAAACCCAGCGGAGGCGCCAUACUGAUCCCAGCCAUAUACUUCACUGUGUGUGUCAUCGGACUCAGUGGCAACACUCUUGUCAUCCACGUCAUCCUUCACUACGCCAAAAUGGAGUCAGUCACCAACCUCUACAUCUUGAACCUGGCCAUAGCCGAUGAGCUCUUCAUGCUAGGCCUGCCUUUCCUCGCCAUCCAGAAUGCCUUGUCCUAUUGGCCUUUCGGCUCAUUGAUGUGCCGGCUGGUCAUGACGGUGGACGGGAUCAACCAGUUUACUAGCAUCUUCUGCCUCACUGUAAUGAGCAUCGACAGGUACCUUGCAGUGGUCCAUCCCAUGAAGUCCAUCAAAUGGCGCAAAUCCCAUGUGGCCAAGAUCGUCAACGCCAUGGUCUGGGCUGUCUCCUUCGUGGUGGUCCUUCCAGUUGUCAUCUUCUCAGAUGUGAAGACCGGCAUGCACACCUGCAACAUCAACUGGCCAGAGCCCAUUAUCAUCUGGUCCACGGCUUUCAUCAUUUAUACAGCCACGCUGGGCUUCUUUGCUCCUCUGCUGGUCAUCUGCAUCUGCUACCUCCUCAUUGUGAUCAAGGUGAAGUCCUCUGGCAAGAAGGUGAGGGCCACUUCCACCAAGAGGAAGAAAUCAGAGCGUCGGGUGACCUGGAUGGUGGUCAUCGUGGUGGCCGUCUUCGUCUUCUGCUGGCUGCCUUUCUACGUGAUGAACAUAGUCAACCUGGUGUCCACCAUGCCCUCGGAGCCCGCCUUGGUGGGCCUCUACUUCUUCGUGGUGGUGCUGUCGUACGCCAACAGCUGCGCCAACCCCAUCAUCUACGGCUUCCUCUCGGACAACUUCAAGCAAGGCUUCCGCAAGAUCCUGUGCCGCGCCACCAGGAAAGUGGACGAGAAGAACCCAGGCAGUAGAGGGACAAGCAACACCUUCUUGGAGAUGCGGCAUAUCCACAAUAUUGCCCAGAACGUUCAGGCGCAAGACAGCCUGCUGGGCAUCAGCUCAGAGCAGAAGAUCCCCAACGAAAUCUUACCUAACUCAGCCAAAAAUGGGACACUGGAGAUCAGUGACUUGUAAGCUAUUGUGAAAUAUUGUGACUGCCCAUGUUCCUUCUCUGUAGUCGAAUCAAUCUGAAUUUAUUAAACCUUCUAGGCCAAUUCCCUUAAUGGGAAUUGCACUGCCUGGUAUGGAGUUAA